AUGGACUAUUUUUGCCUGUUUAAUGAUGUUUGGCAUCUCUAUGUCUUCCUUGGCUCCAUAAUGGACGAAUUAAUUGGUCCAGCAUUGAAGGGGACACUUAAUGUUCUUGGGUCCUGUGCAAAAGCUCCGUCUGUUAAAAGAGUGGUUGUAACAUCCUCUGUAGCUGCAGUUGCAUACAAUAGAAAACCUCGAACUCCAGAUGUGGUAGUUGAUGAGACUUGGUUUUCAGAUCCAGAGUUUUGCAAAGAGAUUGAGACCGUCGGUUGGUAUAUAGUUUCGAAGACAUUGGCUGAGGAGGCUGCAUGGAAAUUUGCAAAAGAGAAAGGGAUGGACAUGAUUACAAUAAAUCCAUUCAUGGUGAUUGGUCCUCUUUUACAGCCAACACUAAAUGCAUCUACAGGAUUAAUUCUGAAAUUAAUAAAUGGAGCACAAGUAUUACCCAAUGAAACAUUUGGAUGGGUUAAUGUUAAAGAUGUUGCAAAUGCACAUAUUCAGGCAUUUGAGAUUCCUUCAGCCAAUGGAAGAUAUGUUUUAGCUGAGAGAGUUGCUCAUUAUUCAGAGAUUGUGAAAACUUUGCAAGAACUUUAUCCAACUUUGCACCUUCCCGAAAAGUAA